AUGAAGUUUGUUAGCCUUUUCUGGCUUCUGCCAGCUCUUGUUGCUGCUCAGUCUCCUACCACCGCAACACUCUCACCAUGGCAGACUGGAGAGGUCACCCCUGAUGGCACCUGCGGCGGCGACACUGGCUUCGUCUGCAGUCCCGUCUGGGGAGCUUGUUGCUCCAAGGACGGAGUAUGUGGUCGAUCUAGCAAAUUCUGCGGAGACGGCUGCCAAAACAAAGCUGGCAACUGUAACGCUGCUGCCCCUGCUCCCGAAACUCCUCCAGGUCCUGGAAGUGUCUCCCCUGACGGCUCCUGCGGCGGCACAAACAAGUUCGUUUGUGGCGGAAGUGCCUUUGGUGACUGCUGUUCCACCCAAGGCUGGUGUGGUAACUCUACCGCCCACUGCGGUAACCUCUGCACCCCUGACUUUGGAAAGUGUGGCCCUCCUAGCAACAUCACUUUUGACGGUCAGUGUGGUCCUGUCAAUGGCAAGAUCUGCCUAGACUCUGGCUAUGGAAACUGCUGUUCCGUUGAUGGCUGGUGUGGUUCUGAAACUACCCAUUGCGGUGCCGGAUGUCAGAAGGGCUUUGGUAACUGCACUCUGACCAACGCUGGGGACAUUUCAACAGAUGGUUUCUGUGGAAAGAACGGCAAGACCUGUAAGGGAAGCACAUUCGGCGACUGCUGCUCUGCUGAAGGCUACUGUGGUAAAGACGGUCACUGUGAUGCAGGAUGCCAAUCCAAAUUCGGUUCCUGCAACGCUGAAACCAACAUUUCUACCGAUGGCUUCUGUGGCAAGAACGGCAAGACUUGCAAGGGCAGCACAUAUGGCGAUUGCUGCUCUGCUGAAGGCUACUGUGGCAAGACAAACCACUGCGAUGCAGGAUGUCAGUCAAAGUUUGGUUCUUGCAACGCUGAAACCAACAUCUCAACUGAUGGUUUCUGCGGUAAGAAUGGAAAGACCUGCAAGGGUAGCACAUAUGGUGACUGCUGUUCUGCCCAGGGCUACUGUGGAAAGGACGCCCACUGCGAUGCGGGUUGCCAAACUGCCUUUGGUACCUGCAAGGCCGACUCCGACAAGGUCUCCACCGACGGCCGAUGCGGAGCCUUCAACGGUAAGACUUGUAAGGGAAGCACAUUCGGCGACUGCUGUUCCACCGGUGACUGGUGUGGCGGCAAGACAGAACACUGUGACGCCGGAUGCAAGAGUGCUUUCGGCACUUGCAACGGCGCAGCCAGCACCAUUUCCACCGACGGCUUCUGCGGUAAGAACGGCAAGACCUGCAAGGGAAGCACCUACGGCGACUGCUGUUCAGCCCAGGGCUACUGUGGCAAGACAGACCACUGCGACGCAGGCUGCCAGAGUGCCUUUGGAACUUGCAAUGCUGGCUCUGGCACUAUCUCUACCGAUGGAGGCUGCGGCAAGAACGGAAAGACUUGCAAGGGAAGCACCUACGGAGACUGCUGUUCUCAACACGGAUACUGUGGUAAGGGUGAUGAUUUCUGCCGUACCGGAUGUCAGUUGGCCUUUGGACUUUGCACCGGCAUCUCAGCCGACUCAGAGUGUGGUUCCAGGAACGGCAAGACUUGUGCUGGAUCUGGUCUUGGAAACUGUUGCUCCUCAAAUGGAUUCUGUGGAAGCACUGCUUCUCACUGUGGUCAAGGAUGUCAAAAGGGUGCUUCUAGUGCCUGUCUCACUAAAGAUAUUCCUUCUCUCGACAGCACUUGCGGUAGCAAGGUCGGGCUAACAUGUGCCGGUGGUCCUUUCAACGGCCAGUGCUGUGGCUCUACUGGCUUUUGUGGAACAACUAGCACUCACUGUGGAGCUAAUUGUCAAAAGGGUUUCGGUCGCUGCAACUAA